AGAUGGAAACAUCACUCUUCCUCUGGAAGAAAUUACUCCGAAUACACAUACUAUCAGAGUUCAAUCUCGUAGACUCCGGCGCCGGAAUUCACUAUCCACGUGCACUAUCGCAAAAUGCAAUGACUUCGGAUGAUUUGCUUGCGAUUUUCCAGGUGGUGACCAGGGUUAUUUAUAUUGCUGCUCUCAACUCGAAUUCCCGGCAAAAAUAUAACCCGUCGCUGUUUUCAUCAUCUUCUCCAUGGCCAAAGCUAAUCCAUCUCGUAAGCGAAAGCCGGAAGAUGAUUUGGAGACCAAACCGGUUCUGAGGGAACAUAGGGAAACUUCCGAGGAGAAGGUGACAACGAAAGGAUUUGCUGAUACUGUCCAGCAGAUCAAAGGAAGGGUCGAGUUGUUGGAGUCAAAGUCUGAUCAGGCUAAUUUAAUCUCAGUGAAGGAGACAGUGGAAGGACUUGGUGAGAAAACUGCCGCAAGAAAAAAGACGCUCUUUGUUGACCAUCUCCAUCCCCAAACUAAAAUAUCAGAUAUCAUUGAUUUCUUCAAUGAUGUUGGACAAGUUAUUCGUGUUCGACUUACUGUAGACGGCAUGGAUGAGAAACUGGGCUGUGGCUUUGUUGAGUUUGCUUCCUCUAACGAAGCUAAGAGGGCUCUGCAAGAGAGGAACGGUGAAUACUUGCACGAUUGUAAGAUUCUUCUUGUUGAUGCAGCAAAUAGGGGAGCUGCAUACCCUCCACCCAAGUUUUGCAUAGAUCACAUGGUUUGGAACCAAGACUACCUUCAACGAGAAAGCAUUCCGAUCCUUCCUAUUAAAGAAGAUGAGACACCUCCCGAUUUUGUUGAGGAUGUACUCUUUAUUGCCAAUCUCUCUCCCCAAACAAAUAAAAUGGUACAAAUCACCCGUUUCUUCAAAGAUGUUGGAGAAGUUGUUAGUGUUCGACUUGCUGUAGACCGCAUGGGCAAGCAUCUGGGCUAUGGCUUUGUCGAGUUUGCUUCUGCUUACGAAGCAAAGAUGGCGCUGGAAGAGAAGAAUGGUGAAUAUUUGCACGAUCAUCCCAUUUUGUUGAUGAAAGGAGUUGAUCAAAUUCCUGAUUCUGUUGAGGCAGCUGCCAUAAGAAAUAAGACGGUCUUUGUUGCCAAUUUCACUCCCAUAAAAAAGAAUAUAUCAGAUAUCAUCGGUUUCUUCAAAGAUGUUGGAGAAGUUGUUCAUGUUCGACUUAUUCUAACCCGCCGUGGCAGACAAAAUGGCUUUGCCUUUGUUGAGUUUGCUUCUGCUAACGAAGCAAAGAAGGCGCUGGAAAAGAACGGUGAAUGUUUGGACGAUCGCAACAUUGUUGUUCGUGUUGUUGAGACGCCAUACCCUCAAAUUAAGUAUUGCCUAGAUCACAAUGUUGAAGCUUUUGCUAGGUACGAAGACAACCUUCGACAAGCAGAAGAUGCGGGAGUGAAAGGACUUGAUGAACCUUCCGAUUUUGUUGAGGAUGUUGCCGUCUUAAAAAAGACGCUCUUUGUUGCUAAUCUCUCUGAAAACUUUAAACCGAAAUAUAUCAAGAGGUUCUUCAAGAGUGCUGGAGAAGUUGUUCGUAUUCGACUUAUUGUAGACCAGUGGGGUGAGCGUGUGGGCUAUGCCUUUGUUGAGUUUGCUUCUGCUAACGAAGCGAAAAAGGCGCUGAAAGAGAAAAAUCGUGGCAUGAUUUUUCUUUUCGAGGCUGACAUAGCUCCAUACCCUUUCCGACUCAAGUACGACCUUGCAGAGAAGCUUUGGUACGAAGACAACCUUCGACGAUUUAGCCUUGAAUUUGAAACCAAACCGGACCCAAAGAGACUGAAGGAAACACCUCAUUGGAGUGGGAAGAAGAUAAUCUUCUCUGACGAGAUAUAGGAGAAGAAGAUGAAGUUCUUCGGUGUGUUUAGCUUGUGAUACAAUGCAACCCAAGCUUAUAACUUUUUAUUACCAGUAAAAUAUGUUUCUGUAAUGUAAGAUUUUCUUUAAUCGCUUAAUACGAU